GUCUCAGCCCGUGGGAAGAAGCUCGGCCGGCUCUGCGGUCAGCAGGGCUCCCCUCCGAGCAGGCCUCCUGGUCAGAGGGAGUUUGUGUCCUCAGAGAAGAGUUUGCGGCUGGCCUUCCGCACACACGCUGCCUCAGAGGACGAGCCCACCCACCCGCACCAGGGCUUCCUGGCCCUGCACCAGGCCGUGGCUGUGAACCACAGUCAGCCACUCAGCCAGGCCAGCCGGGACUCCGAGGCCAUCUGCACACCUGAAGACGACCCCUCCGAGGCCCAGAACCACUGCCGGGAACCCUUUUAUCAAGCAGCGCCAGCAGGGACACUCAGCUGCGCAGCCCCCAGGACCUGGGAAGGCAGACCCCACGAGGAAGAGGCUCCUCCGUGUGUGCCUG